AUGAGUACUGAAAGUGACAAAAUAAAAGAUAGAAGAUACUACUUUAACUUUUUAGUUGGAGGAAUUUCUCUGUAUUCGUUCACUUAAAUGUGUAAAUACUAAAUAUAGGCUUACAAACAGAAGAAGGCAAUUAUUUAGGCUGAAAAAGCUAAAACUUACACUCCAGAAUAACUCCUAAUGAAAAUCAAAGAAAGAACAAAUAACUUAAUGGAUAUUUCAAAAUUAAGGGGAUUUUCAUAUUCAAACUCUAAUAAAACAGAGAUUUCAGGAAGAGUAUUUCUUAAUGGUGUUAUUAAGUGUGAUAAGCCAAUUUAUUCUAAUAACUCAUAUGGAAAUAAUUUAGAAUUUGUAAACAAAGGAUUGAUUUAUUCUAUCAAAUAUGACGAAGAUAAAUACUCAUUGGAUCCUAUUGAUAACACAAAAAAAGAAUAUAAGUUAUCGCAUUUCCCAAUAAAUGCAACUUUUUAAAAGGUAAAAGGCUUUACAAUUUAGGAAUAAAACGGUUCAAUUGAUUGUUAUGUACCUGUGACUGAUGAAUUAGAUAUGACAAGAGCUCUUCAAUUAAUUGGCUAAAGAGAUAAGCUUAUAACUGCAACUUUAGGAUAAAGAUUUUUAGGCUUUAUAAUACUGAUUGUUAAAAUAAUUGUUGAUCUAUUUUGCGGAACAGCUUCACCUUUGUCUCGUUCUAUUCGUGGUAUUAGACUUGGAAUAACUGAAAAAGAGAUAGGCAUAAAAGUUGAUUCGAUAACAAGUGUUUAUGGUCAAAUAUUUUUCAAUAUGGAAACUGGAAAGUUUAGAUUCGAACUUCCUGAUGCACUUGUAAACGAUAAAAAUUAAUAUAUUUUUAAUAUGAAGCAAAAUUUACUAGAUAGUCGCUUUUUCAGGAAUUUCUUUGGAGUUAUUUUCUUAGGAACUAUGGUUUACUUUAGCAGAAGAGCUUAUAUCUACUGGAAAAAUAACUUUUAGAAUGUCAAACAAAAAUAAGAAGAGUGA